UGAAGCUCUCUGAAGCUCUUCAGAUCUUUGUCUAUGUGGAUUAACAACACUUAGGCUAUUCUUUGUUAGAUACUGGACCACUUCCAAAGUUCAAAGAUGGUAAUAAAAAUAUGGAUUUUGGCCUUCGUUACACUCCUCAUUUUUCAGGUGGAGACAGAGGCAGGUAGUUGCUGCCUCAGUUACACCAAAAUACCCAGACGCUGUGGAGUUCUGAAAGGCUAUGAUAUCCAAACUAUAACUGGCGGCUGUGAUCUUGCAGCUAUAAUCUUCCACACCGAAAAAGGAAGAAAAAUUUGCGCUGACCCAGCACAGAAUUGGACACAAAGCAGAGUCGAGUGCUUAAAGAUAAAAGCAGCAAGAAUGAAGACAGGCAAAAGAUAUGCAUUAUAAGAAGAACUCUUUACUUUUAAAGUUACAUUACUUCUGUUUAUAUGUGUGUGUCUGUGUGUGUGUGUGUGUUAGCCAAGCAAUAAGGUACGAGAGGCUGUGCUGUAUUAUAAGUAUCACUUAUUCACAAUAUAGCACUUGUCUCGAGUACCUUAUUGCUUUUAUAAAACGGUUACCACACAAUACAAAUAUUAAAGUAAACAAAAUUUGUAUUAGUGCAACUAUCAUAAGGUAAAAUCAUAUCAUAGUAAACAAUAUUAAAGUAAACAAAAUAUGUAUUAGUGCAACUACCAUAAGGUAAAA